AGGUGGCUGUAUGCACUGUUUAUCACAAUAGAUGUGAAUUUCCGCCUCAAAUGCAAAGUGGUCUCUUCAGAUGACGUUGAUCCAGGCUUGAAUGCAGGUUGGGCAUACUUUGUGGAGGAAACAAAGUACAAGAGUUAUUUAUCUGCGCGCACCUGUGUUAGCCACAACACAGUUAACAUGGCCGACACGAAAUCAGCACGUGGCCUAGCGGCAACUGGUGUCGGUACUGUGGACUGUGCACGCCAUGAGUUCAAAUUGCCAACUGAGGUAGGAGAUCUUCAAAAGGGUGAAAAGUACCUUAAUAUGGACUACUUUGUAUUUUCAGCCCUGAUUGGGUUUAUGGUCACAACUCUCAACAUCUCAUAUGACAUCGCAUACCAGUGGUCAAAGAAACUAUGGACCAGGAUGGACUCCAUGCCAGCUCAUUUGCAUGUGCUGCAUGAUGUAAUGCAGAUUCGUUACUUUGUUCCCAAGUUCCACAUCGGAGCUCACAUCGCCGCCUGCCAGACGAUGUUCUUGUGGAAUUUGGCCAGGUUUGUAGGAAGGACCAAUGGAGAGGCACCCGAACGCGGGUGGGCAAAUAUCAAUUGA